AUGGAGCUAGGAAAGUCGUCCGACCCUACCUUGCCGCCAGGCGCGGAGAAACAGCCUGUCAGUGGUAUCACCACUCCAGAUCAGCUGGCCGAACAGCAGCAGAACUAUGAAAAGAGUUUCGAAGACCAUGAAUCGGCCACUCAUGAUACUGCGCUAGCAGAAGAGUAUCCGACAGGCAAACGCCUAUUGCCCGUCCUUCUCGCCUUGGUCUUCGCCGUCUUCCUAGUAGCCCUUGACAUAACUAUCAUCGGCACCGCGAUCCCCAAGAUAACUGACGAGUUCGACGGUCUAGACAUGGUGUCUUGGUACGGGUCGGUUUACUUCAUGACCUAUGGAGGCUUCCAACCUGCAUCCGGGAAAUUCUACAAAUAUUUCCCCAUGAAAGCUUCCUUCGUGGGUUUUACUGGCGUCUUCAUGGUCGGCAGUCUUAUAUCUGCGGUCUCGAAAAACUCGACCACCUUCGUGGUGGGUCGCGCGAUCGCGGGAGUUGGCGCUGCUGGAGUCGCAACUGGUGCCUUCACUCUUGUAGCAUUUGCUGCGGAACCGAAGGCACGACCUGGACUUAUUGGACUCAUAGGUGCGGUCUAUAGUCUCUUCUAUAUCAACCUUCCAAUCUGCGCCCUCUCUAUAGCACUAGUGCUUCUAUUCUUCAAAACCCCUUCCCAAGCGAUCACAGCGAAAGCGACUCGGAAGGAGAAGUUCUUCCAGAUGGAUCCGCUCGGGAUUGCGCUUGUUAUGGCCGGCAUCAUCUCCUUUAUCCUCGCCGUCGAGUAUGGAGGGCAGAAAAAGAACUGGGAUAGCAGCACUGUCAUCGGCCUCUUCGUGGGGUCCUUUUUGAUAUGGGUAGCGUUUGGCGCCUGGGAAUAUUAUAACAAUGACCGCGCCAUGUUGCAGCGCUCUCUGCUCUUCCGACGCUCUGUCUGGAUGCCGUCCGCCUUCCAGUUCUUCUACUCCGCAUCCUAUGUCGUCCUCCUCUACUAUCUCCCGAUCUACUUCCAGAGCAUCGACAACCGGUCCGCAAUCUCGUCCGGUAUCCUCAAUCUACCAUUAGUUCUCGCGAUGGCCUUAGGAAGCGCAAUCAGUGGCGCAGUCGUCUCGAAGACUGGCCAUGCUGCGCCGUUCAUGGCAGCGGGCGCGGUAAUGGCAACUAUCAGUGCUGGCUUGAUGUAUACUUUCGAUAUUGGUACACCUAUGGGGAAGUGGAUUGGCUACCAGCUGUUCUAUGGCGCCGCGGUCGGGCUAGGCUACCAGAUGGGAAUCACCAUUGCGCAGGCAAAUGCGAGCAAAGAAGAGAUAUCGUCGGUGACUGCAACCGUAUUCUUCUUCCAAACCAUAGGAGGCGCAUUCUCCAUCUCCGCUGCGCAGUCUGGAUUUGUCAACCGCAUGGUAAAUGAACUCGCCAAGACGGCUCCACACAUCAAUCCGCAGAUGGUCAUCGGAACAGGUGCGACGCAAAUUCGACAUGCUUUCCCUGCCGAUCAGGUCCCCGCCAUCAUACUGGCAUACAUGGCUGGCAUCAAAGUCACCUUCGCUCUCGUUGUCGCGCUUGUCGGCGUUACUUGCCUGCUUGUAGCGUUCGUUCCUCGCGAGCAACUCCAUGCAGAGGCUCGUGAAGGUGCGGGUGGUGCCGCGUGAGUUUUGGAAUUGAGAUUAAUGCAGGGCUCCUCUGUGGAAGAAGAAGAAGAAGAAGCAGAUAGACUGUAUCGUUGUC